ACAAACAACAAGCUCUGGUGUAGAUCUGGAGCUUGAUACUUCAGGAAACAUGGGUUGCAAAACAAGAUCCAUGCAUUUUAUCUUUUGGUGUCUUUACCCCAUGCUCCUUCACUUGUUUUGCACAGCACAAGAUGAGGACAUGAGAUUCAGCUGUAGAACUGCCCCAAGCGAUCUGGUAUUCAUCCUUGAUGGUUCUUGGAGUGUGGAUGACACGAAUUUCGAAAUAGUAAAGAGGUGGCUUGUGAAUAUCACAAGAAGCUUCAACAUUGGACAGAAGUUCACCCAGGUGGGGGUGGUUCAGUACAGUGAUGCACCCUUCUUACAGAUACCACUGGGGAAACAUGACACCAGCAAAGACCUCCUUAAGGCUAUGGAAAACAUAGAGUAUAUGGGAGGCAACACAAACACAGGGAAAGCCAUCAAAUUUGCAACUGACAAACUAUUUGCCCUCUCUGAGCGUGGUCCAGGUGGUAUUGCUAAAAUUGCUGUGGUUAUGACAGAUGGGAAAUCACAAGAUGAAGUGCUGGCAGCUUCAGAAGCUGCGAGGAAAAAAGGGAUAAUCCUUUUUGCUAUUGGAGUUGGUGCAGAAACAGAAUAUGCGGAACUAAGAGCAAUUGCCAACAAACCAUCCUCAACCUAUGUGUUUUAUGUUGAAGACUACAAAGCAAUAUCCAAAAUCCGUGAAGUCAUAAGGCAGAAACUGUGUGAAGAGACCGUGUGCCCAACAAAAAUCCCAGUGAAUUCAAGGGAUGAGAAAGGUUUUGAUAUCCUCAGUUUUCUGGAUUUAGCCAAAAAAGCUAAAAAGGUGCAGGGAUCCUAUUAUGGUACCAAAGCCUACCAAGUGUCACCACGAGUUGACUUGAGUGAAAACACAAGAAACUUAUUUCCAGUUGGACUCCCACCCUCAUACGUCUUUGUGGCAACACUGAAGUACAGGGGUCCUGUGCUCACAGAAGAGUGGGAUCUUUGGCGAAUACAGACUAAAGAUGGGAAAGCUCAAAUGGCAGUCACUUUGAACGGGGUGGACAGAACACUCAUGUUCACAACAACAAGCAGCGCACCUAGUGGAAUACAGACAGUGAUUUUCACAAAACCGCCAGCAAGGAAACUCUUUGAUGAAAACUGGCAUCAGUUACGUCUGCUGGUCACAGAGCAGGAUGUCACCCUUUACGUCGACGACCUGGAAAUAGAAACUUUACCUUUGGAACAUCCAGAGGGUAUUUUUAUAAACGGAAAGACACAGGUGGGGAAGUAUGUCAGCAAGGAAACAACCGUGCCUUUUGAAAUUCAGAAACUAAGAAUCUACUGUGACCCUGAACAAAAUAACAGAGAAACUGCUUGUGAAAUUCCAGGAGUUGAUGGAGAGUGUCCAGACGGACCCGGAGAUAUUGAUCCAACACCUGAACCAUGUACCUGCCCUCCUGGACCUCCUGGUCCUCAAGGCCCGAAGGGGGAACAGGGAAGAAUCGGUGAUCCUGGCCAACCUGGGUUUCCUGGUGCUGAUGGUAAGCCUGGUAUACCAGGGGCUCGAGGAAGUCAUGGUCUGCCAGGACCUCCUGGAGCAGAGGGACCUCGAGGGGCAGAUGGGUACAAGGGAGAGAAAGGAAGCCGUGGUGAUGUGGGUGAAAGGGGCAUUCCAGGGUUACCUGGAUCACCGGGGCAACCAGGUGAAAAGGGUUUACCUGGCUCUCCAGGACGGGAUGGAAUACCAGGCAAAGAUGGGUUAAUGGGAGAGAAAGGAAGCAGGGGACUUGCUGGACCACCUGGAUACCCAGGAGAGCCUGGACUCCCUGGAAGAGAUGGGAAAGAUGGAAUUCCUGGACUGACAGGCCAAAAGGGAGAUGCUGGGGCUCCAGGCUUGCCUGGUAUGGAUGGGAGAGAAGGACAUCCUGGCAUUCCAGGUAUGCCUGGUAAUGAAGGCCAGAGUGGAAUGAAGGGUGACUCUGGGUUGCCAGGACCAAAAGGAGCAAAAGGUUCACCUGGAAUUGCUGGUGAAAUGGGUCUACCCGGAAUACCAGGUUCAUCUGGAACACCUGGCUCUAAGGGUAGUAAAGGUGAAAGUGGAGAACCUGGUCUACAAGGAAUUCCAGGGCCAGAGGGUAAACCUGGUGAACCUGGGACAGCCGGCCAGCCAGGACACCACGGCAUGCCAGGUUUAAAAGGACAGAAGGGACAAAGAGGAGAAAGAGGUGAAACAGGAAGAGAGGGAUUGAAAGGUGAAAAGGGGGAUCCAGGAAAGCCUGGGAAUGAUGGCCUCACUGGUACAGCUGGACCGAAAGGAGAGAAAGGGAACACAGGAGAGCCUGGACAGAGGGGGCAGAUUGGGCACCAAGGGCAACCUGGAUUACCCGGACAGACAGGUCUCUCUGGUCCUCGAGGACAGUCAGGGGAUGUUGGGCCACCUGGACCACCUGGCCCAGAGGGGAGACCAGGAAGAGAACUCUCAGAGCAACACAUUCAACAGAUAUGCAGAGAAGUUCUUCGAACUGAGAUUCCUUCCCUUCUUCUAAGUAGCCAGCGCAGCAGUUGUGACCACUGUCAUACCAGGGAAGGGCCCCCAGGUGUACCAGGGCCAGUGGGUCCGCAGGGCCCCAGGGGUUUUCCAGGUGUACCUGGCUCCAACGGAAUACAAGGACACCGUGGUCUACCUGGACGGCCCGGUAUUCCUGGCAUGAAAGGAGACCCAGGGGAGAAGGGUGAGACAGGAAAUCAUGGAAGAUCAGGAAUUGGAGUUCCGGGUUCUCCAGGACUUCCAGGUCCAAUGGGCCCACCAGGGAUCAGCAAACCAGGCCAUCCGGGUAAGCCAGGUCCCCCAGGCCUUAAUGGGGAAGAGGGGAAGAGAGGACAUCCUGGUGUGCCCGGCCAACCUGGCGUUUGCCAUCCCUCUAUGUGUUAUAGUAUGAUGAUGAGACGAGAUCAUUACAGCAAAGGACCAAACUAUUGA